GCUACCUUCCGCGAGCGCGACCCAGGGAGGGCCGGAGGCUGGGCCGGAGUCGUGUGGCUGGCGGGGCGGCCCGCAGGGAGAAGCCAGAGGUGAGCGUCGGUGGAACAGAAAGAGCCUGUGCUUUCCGGUGGCUCCAGAGGGACCUAUGGUCGCUGCAGCCUGGCGUGACAGGUGACAGGCCUCAGUGACAGGACCAUGGCAGGCCGAGUGAAGUGGGUCACUGACAUCGAGAAGUCCGUGCUGAUCAACAACUUUGAGAAGAGAGGAUGGAUCCAAGUGACCGAAAACGAGGACUGGAACUUCUACUGGAUGAGCGUGCAGACCAUCCGGAACGUGUUUAGCGUGGAAACGGGGUACCGGCUAUCGGACGAUCAGAUCGUCAACCACUUUCCCAACCACUAUGAGCUGACCCGCAAGGACCUGAUGGUGAAGAACAUCAAGAGAUACCGCAAGGAGCUGGAAAAGGAGGGCAGCCCCCUGGCCGAGAAGGAUGAGAAUGGCAAAUACCUCUACCUGGACUUUGUGCCCGUCACCUUUAUGCUGCCGGCCGACUACAACCUGUUUGUGGAGGAGUUCAGGAAGAGCCCAUCCAGCACCUGGAUCAUGAAACCUUGUGGCAAAGCCCAGGGCAAAGGCAUCUUUCUCAUUAACAAGCUGUCGCAGAUCAAGAAGUGGUCCCGGGACAGCAAGACAUCCUCGUUUGUGUCUCAGUCCACAAAGGAAGCCUAUGUGAUCUCACUCUACAUCAACAACCCGCUGCUCAUCGGUGGCCGGAAGUUUGACCUGCGCUUGUAUGUCCUGGUGUCCACGUACCGCCCACUGCGCUGCUACAUGUAUAAGCUUGGGUUCUGCCGGUUUUGCACAGUGAAGUACACCCCGAGCACCAGCGAGCUGGACAACAUGUUCGUCCACCUCACCAAUGUAGCCAUCCAGAAGCACGGGGAGGAUUACAACCACAUCCAUGGGGGCAAGUGGACAGUGAGCAACCUGCGCCUGUACCUGGAGAGCACGCGCGGCAGGGAGGUGACGAGCAAGCUGUUCGAUGAGAUCCACUGGAUCAUCGUGCAGUCCCUCAAGGCCGUGGCGCCGGUGAUGAACAACGACAAGCACUGCUUCGAAUGCUACGGCUACGACAUCAUCAUUGACGACAAGCUGAAGCCCUGGCUGAUCGAGGUUAAUGCAUCCCCGUCUCUCACCUCCAGCACCGCCAAUGAUCGAAUCCUCAAGUACAACCUGAUUAAUGACACUCUCAACAUCGCAGUCCCCAACGGUGAGAUCCCAGACUGCAAGUGGAACAAGUCCCCCCCGAAGGAGGUGCUUGGCAAUUAUGAGAUUCUGUACGACGAGGAGUUGGCCCAGGGUGAUGGGACCGCUGACCGAGAGCUCAGAAGCCGCCAGGGCCAGCCCCAGGGGCCCAAAGGGAGCCGUUUGAGAGACUCAAGGACCAUCCUCAACACGUGGAAGUGAUCACCAGCCCAGCCCUUCCAGAACUGCUCAUUCAGCCGGGCCGGCCCUGCUGGAGGCCUAUUUUGAAGCUUCCUUUUUCUAGAAUGCUUCUCCUUUCCUGAGCCCUGUAAAUAAUUAUUUAAUAAAGGCACUUCCGUGGAGGGCCAAGGAGUUCGCUCCUCUGGGAGGUGUGUGGCACCCUGA